AUGACACUAGGAAUAGAGCGUACCAGACGAGCCGGCAAAGGGUCAGAAGUUAUAAAGAUUUAUGGAAAGACCCAGAAAACACCAAGUCAAUUCAAGAAGUUUCUUGCUCAUGGAUCUAACAAGGAACAUCUUGUUGAGUUUCUUUUCAAAACCUGGCAAGAUCUCUAUCUUCGAACGAAUAUCAAAUUGAUCAUCUCGCAUGGGAUUCACUGUCAUCAACUCACGUGGGAUACUCAUGGAAAAUGUCAUGUCGAAGAUGUUGAGGGAUUGAUUUCAGACCACGAAGAAGCAGAGACUCGUCUCCUGCUACACGCCAAGAACGCCAGUGACACGGGUGAGCAUUCUUCUGUGGUUAUUAGAAGUCCAGAUACUGAUGUCGCCAUCAGUUGUCUAAGGUUUUCUGUAGCCGUACCACAUCUAUACUUCCAAACUGGAAAGUGAAAUUUACAACGCAUCAUUUCUAUUGAUUCAAUGGUUCAAGCAUUAGGAACAGAUGUCUGUAGAAGUCUUAUUGGUCUGCAUGUUUAUAGUGGUUGCGACUCGACAAGUGCAUUUUACGGUAAAGGAAAGAAGAAGGCGUACGAUGUAAUGAAAUCAGAUGCAAAGUUCAUUGAAUGCUUUGCUGGUCUCGGCGAGUCAUUCACAGCAUCCCCAGAGCUUGUGGAAGUCUUGGAGGAAUUCACUUGCAAGUUGUAUAGUGAUUCAUCAGAGGAAAUAGAUGUUUGCAGGUACAAGCUAAUAGCCGUAGCGUCAUAG